UUUCGGAAGCGUUGGCGUCUGAAUUCGCUUUUGAGCUCGUCGAAGAAUAAAGGUCCGUAAUCGAUAAAGAUGAAAGAGAGUUAGCUUCCGAUUAGCAUUCCGUGCCGCCAGAGUCCCGCAAGUACUUAGUAGGCAUGUACUGCUAUGCAACCCAUGACUGCAAAACAAUACAGAAUCGUGCUCAUAUGAACAGUGUCGUGCAGUGGUGUAUGUAUGCAUGCAGACUGAGGCUGCUCGGGUCAUCCCGAGGCGCAUAUGUAGAGUGUGGUUUGAUUACUGGCUCACGAAUGGAAUUGAGGCGCGCGCUACGUCACAGAUCAGAGACCGCGCGAGCCCAUCCACCAUUCGCUCGCAUGCCCACUCAUGGCUGGCACGUUCACCACUGUCGGCGGGCAAGGCUUGGGACAGCACGCCCAUUCUUUUACAACAACAGUUUUGAGCCGCUGACAAGACAUGCGCGCCAACUCAACCCAGAAAGCCUAUGACGAGGCUUUCCUGGCCUGCUCCACUGCCGUUUACUUCGAGAGCCAGAGUAACGAAGCAGAAGCUCUACGUUCAUGGAAAUCUGCUCUAGACCACAUCUACUACCACAAUGCCCGCCGCCUACCUUCCAGCUCCCGCACCACCUCCGAAACCGAUCGUGCUCUAGUAGAGUCGUUACACCAGCUAGAACUGCAAUGCAAGGAACGUGUGGAUUUGCUCGAAGCUUUGAAGAAGAGCCGGGAGAAUGCCGACGAGAAGAAUGCAGAAAAGAAGGGUACACCUGAACAGGCAGAUCCCAAGGCUCCCACCCCUCCUGCGCAUACAACCCCUCUCGAUUCCUCCGAGCCGAGUGCUUCGUCUUCAUGGCUAGGAGGUGGAACAAUACCGCCGGUAGACUACUCGGACCUAUCUCGACCCCCUCCACCUCGCCCGCCGCUGCCUCCGCGCCCAUCGAUGACCCCGCGAAAGAGCUCAGGAACCAAUUCAACUCGUGCCCUAAACCCAGCCCUGGGUGCAUCCUCGUUGCUUCCAGUAGCAAAUAAGAAAGAGUCACGGACGCCGUCGCCCGAGAAAAGAGGACGUAUGCUGAGAACCCUGAGAUCUGGGAAGGAAACGAAAUCGAACACCGUUAGCAUGUCUUCCUCACUGAGACCUCAGCCUCCAGAUGCUGCGAAAGCAGCAACACAGGCUUGGGUGUUCAAGAAGAAUCCGAGCGCCAGUAGAUUAUCCAAAGAGCCGGCCAAUUCUCAGCAACCCCAACAAAAUUCUCGUCGGUCUUCUUUUGAGAGACCAACAUCAGGAGGCGAGGCUCAGAAACCUAUGGGGUUCAUAUCCCCUCGGGAAGUGUCUCCUCCGCCAACAUCACCCUUGGCUCAGAACAGCUCCGGUUUAUUAUCCGCUCAGAAUCUUACUCCAUCUACAGAUGUGAAAAAUGAAUUAGAGCCGGCCCCCAAAGUUAUACGGCGAAAAGAGCUCAAUCCAGCAUCUUUGUCGCGAGGUCCAUUCGGUGUUGACCGAUCAAGAAACACCCGAGCAAGCAAUCCGUCACUUCCUUCUUACAGGAAUGAAUACCCAGACUCGGGCCUCAACCCACGGCUUGCCGCUGCGGCUUCUGCAGCCGCCUCGAGAUCCUGGAGUGACGAAUCUAGUAGACUAGCGCCAGCCGCAGCAUCGACUCAGCCAUCGACUGCUACUAAUAGCGACAGCCAACAAACCCUAUCACGUAAACCAAAGAAAGCACUGCCAUUGCCGAUACAGCUGGAAACAGAAGAAGUUGAUACAAAAUCGCGACCACCUCACCGAAGAAAAGGAAAAGCGAAAGAUGAUAGUACUGCACGCGCCGAUCUUCCUCCUACUCCUACGUCCGACACUGAGGACUCAGAAAGCUCGCAUCCUGAGUCGGAUGAGUGGAAAGAACGUGUCCGUGGGAUACUCAAGAAUUUACCACGAGGUGUCGAUGAACAGGCAGCUCAGCAGAUUCUAAAUGAUAUCGUGAUUCAAGGUGAUGAAGUGCAUUGGGAUGAUGUGGCUGGCCUGGAUGUAGCAAAAUCUGCCUUGAAGGAGACGGUUGUGUAUCCGUUUCUGCGCCCCGAUCUCUUCAUGGGGUUGCGCGAACCUGCGAGGGGUAUGUUGCUGUUUGGUCCCCCGGGAACAGGAAAGACUAUGCUCGCAAGAGCCGUUGCUACAGAAUCCAAGUCGACUUUCUUCGCCAUCUCUGCUAGUAGCUUAACGUCCAAGUUCUUGGGAGAGUCCGAGAAGCUAGUUCGUGCGCUCUUUGCGCUCGCUAAAAUGCUGGCUCCUUCCAUCAUCUUCGUCGAUGAAAUCGAUUCUCUGCUCUCGUCUCGCUCUGGCUCCGGCGAACACGAGGCUACCCGUCGCAUCAAAACCGAGUUCCUAAUCCAGUGGUCCGACCUGGCCAAAGCGGCGGCUGGACGAGAGCAGACCGAAAAAGAUAAGGAGAGAGGCGACGCAAGCCGGGUUCUAGUUCUCGCCGCAACCAACUUACCAUGGGCCAUUGACGAGGCUGCUCGGCGGAGGUUCGUCAGGAGGCAGUAUAUUCCGCUACCGGAAGACCACGUGCGGAAGAGCCAAGUCAAGACCCUCCUCAGCCAUCAAAAGCACGAACUGGAUGACACCGACUUGGACCGUCUAGUACAGCUCACCGACGGUUUUUCCGGCUCCGAUAUCACAGCACUAGCCAAAGACGCAGCAAUGGGACCCCUAAGAUCCCUCGGUGAAAAACUGCUGCACAUGACCAUGGACGAAAUCAGGCCGAUGCGUUUUGAAGACUUUGAGGCUAGCUUGCAUACCAUCCGUCCUUCUGUGAGUAAGCAGGGUUUGAAGGAGUAUGAGGAUUGGGCACGCGAGUUUGGUGAAAGGGGUGGGUAGAUAGGUGGUAGGUCAGCUAGCCAAGUAGCUAAUGCGUAGAGUAAUAGCACGAACGAAAAUGAGUGCGUGCGAUGAUUGAGCGCAAUGAAUUUUAUGAUUGAUGGCUAGGUAUGGCUCUUUUGAGUGUUUCUUGUGGACGUUGUUUCGCGAAUGAAAGCGUGAUGUCUUUUCGUUUUGAAUGAUUGAGUCGGAAAUGCGAUUGCUCGAGAGAGCACUUGAGAGCAUCAAACAAUCCUACUAUAUUUCCUCAGUAACAACAACAACAACAACAACAACAGCAAGAACAAACCCUCUCCCGCCCUCCCUCCAUCUCUCCCAAGCACAUAACAAACAAGAACUAUGUACACCCAAACCACCCAUCCGUCCCCCCACUAAUACCACACUAGACCCAACUCAUCGCCAUCCCUCCUCCCAAACACCACCACCACCACAAGAAAAGAAAAAGCUUAACCGCAAAACCAAGCUUUCC